GGGUCCUCGCGCUCGCGCAACGACGGGAACCACGGGCGCCCCAUGGCGCUCCGCCUUCGUUCGUUCAGCAAGAAGCGGCGCAGAUGCCUGGCCCCGUCCUGCAUCAAAAAUUUUCUCCCUUGCCCACCCUCUGGCGUUUUUCUUUCCCCCCUGUCCACUCGUUCACCCUCCCACUACGCGACAUAAGCUGCAGCCUUGUAAUAACGAUUUUUGA